CAAGCAAAUGCUAUUACUAGUAAUGUAACAAAUUCGACAGCAUCUACAACACUAGCACUCACAAACGCUACAGCUACUACACAAGCAAAUGCUACUACUGAUGCAACAAUUUCAACAACAAGUACAAGUACUUCAACAGUAGCUACUACUUCCAGCUCCACAAUAACAACAACAGUGGUGACAACAGCAACAACAACAACAACAACAACAACAACAACAACAACAACAACAGCAGCUGUAACAGUUCGUCCACAGCCAACUGUCGACCUUAGUAUUGGUCUCAAGAUUGAGUUUACUGUAGAAUUAAGCGAUCCAAAUACUCCUGCAUUUAAAUCUUUGGCUGCACAGGUGACUCAACUGUUGAAUGAAAUCUAUACAGUUCUCUUUGGCUCUAAGUACCGUGGCUGCAGAGUCAAAGCUUUCAGAGCUCAGUUGAAACGUGCUGCACAAAAUACAGAUGCAGAUGUCGAGCUGAUAUUUGACGAGAACUCCACAACUCCCAUCCCAUCUGGACAAGCAGCAGCAACUGCUCUGAAGGAGGCUGUAGAUAGUAACAGUAAUUUGAGUGCACAAAUUGAUUCCAGCGCAAUCACUGUCCUUAGCCAGCCAAUUGAUGUGAUUGUGCUCUUCAUAACAAAUGGCACUUUUACAGCAGAUCUCUCAAAUAUUAGUUCAGAUUCAUUCACAGCCAGAACAUUAAUGAUUAAAAAUGGACUUAACCCUUUUUUCACUCAAGACUUCCCAAAUUCAUUCAGUCUCUUAAGCAUGUUAAACUACAGCACCGGAACGUUUAAAGCAGUUACUGAUUCAAUUCUGAACAGCAUGGACUUGGCUUUUAACAGCUCUGCUGGAAAUCCCAACACCACCCAAAUUGCUCAAACUAUGUUUCGAGCAGCCAAAAAUGGCACCCUUCCUUUUCAGAUCUCUAUCACCAGUAUCACAGUGAAUGGCACGGUAUUUAAUUCAGGUGAUACUACUGGUACUGUAACAGUUUCAACAACUACUCCAGCGGUAGUAAUCCUUACAAAUACUUCCAGCUCCCCAAUAACAACAACAACAGCAGCAGCUGUAACACUUCGUCCACAGCCAACUGUCGACCUGAGUGUUGGUCUCAUGACUCCUUUUACUACAGAAUUAGGUGAUCCAACUACUCCUGCAUUUAAAUCUUUGGCUGCACAGGUGACUCAACUGUUGAAUCAAAUCUAUACAGUUCUUUUUGGCUCUAAGUACCGUGGCUGCAGAGUCAAAGCUUUCAGAGGUCGAUCUACACGUGCUGACCAAAAUACAGAUGCAGAUGUCGAGCUGAUAUUCGACGAGAACUCCACAACUCCCAUCCCAUCUGGACAAGCAGCAGCAACUGCUCUGAAGGAGGCUGUAAAUAGUAACAGUAAUUUUAGUGCGCUAAUUGAUCCCAGCGCAAUCACUGUCCUUAAUCAGCCAAUCGGUGUGACUGUCAUUUUUGUAACAAAUGGCACUUUUACAGCAGAUCUCUCAAAUACUAGUUCAGAUUCAUUCACAACCAGAACAUUAAUGAUUAAAAAUGGACUUAACCCUUUUUUCACUCAAGACUUCCCAAAUUCAUUCAGUCUCUUAACCAUGUUAAACUACAGCACCGGAACGUUUAAAGCAGUUACUGAUUCAAUUCUGAACAGCAUGGACUUGGCUUUUAACAGCUCUGCUGGAAAUCCCAACACCACCCGAAUUGCUCAAACUAUGUUUCGAGCAGCCAAAAAUGGCAACCUUCCUUUUCAGAUCUCUAUCACCAGUAUCACAGUGAAUGGCACGGUAUUUAAUUCAGGUGAUGUCAGCAGCAGGAUCAGUGUGCUCAUGGCGUGCUUCAUGGUGGCUGUGUCGCUUCUGUUCACACGGUCCAGCUGAUGCUAAACCACAUCCUCCUCUAAGAAUGAGAACCUUUACCAAGUUUUACUAUCCAGUUCCCUCAAUGAAUCAUGUGAAUAUACCGAGCUAAGAUUUUAAAUAAUGUGUAUGUGUAAAAAGUACAAUAGGAACAGCAUUAUAAGAAUCUGCUAACUUGUUUGAAUGUGCAAUAAUAUGGAUUGGUCAAUACUUGUAGCUUUAAUUAUUUUGACAUCUUGUAACAUAUUCUUUGUAUUUGAUUGUGGAUUACUCAAUCCUGGAGUCUAUUUUACAGUGAUGGAAUUGUAUUUAUCAAAUGGAAACUAUUCUAUGAUAGAUCUAAGUUAACAUUAGUAAGUUUAUUUAUAACAGUAUAUUUGCACAGAAAUGCACAUGCAAAAACAUUAUCUAUCGAACCAGCUUUGGUGAUGCAUGUGACACUUUGGCUUAAAAAACAAAGUAUUGAGGGUUUUUGCAAAUUAUUUAAUAUAAUCCAGACGAUGUCCUAAAUUAUGUUUUAGACAAAAUUAAUUAAGCAUGAAUGAAAUAACACAUAAAUGAACUGUUCUGUAAAACACAGAAUUGUGGUUUGACUUUAUUUAAUACGUGUCUUAAUCUGGAGUUCUUUCCUAAUAUACAAAGCAAUGAAGGAGAAAAUGUUAUGUAUACUGUAAGUUCUAUAAACUGGUGCACUUUACAAAAAAAAAUCCUCCUUUUUGUUCUUUUGUAAGGUGCUUAUCACUAUAUAUGUAUUUAUUUACUGCAGUGGGUAUCUAGGGUAUCUUUCUAUAUUUUAUGUUUUUCUUGAAAUAAGAUUCAUGGUGUAUUGUGCUUGCAUUGAAUGCAGCACUUUAUAUUUAUAAAUGCAUAAAUCAGUUUCAAAUAAACUCAUGAGAAUCUA